GAAGAAGAGAGAAGGAAAGAGAAUUGAAGAAAAUAAGUUUAUAAGGAAAUGUUGAGAAAUAGACAAAUAGUUGGUAUUGGUAAAGUAGGUGACGAUCAAGACGAUAUCACUAUUAUGCAAUUGAGGACUACAAGGCAGAGAAGGAAGGUCGGUAUAGUCACACCUCGAUAUGUUGAAGAGAUACAUCCAAUAGUAAAGGAGGAAUCUCAAGAGUUAAAAGUGGAAAAUAUUGUUGGUGAAACAGGCGUAAGGGUAGCUAACCCUGAGUUUGUUAUAGAAUUUCAGCAGCUUAGUAAGGCUAUGCGAACUUGGAUGGAGUUUAGUAUGGAAAGAGAUCGGAGAAGGGAUAGAGAUGUUCCAUCAUCAUCCAACACUGUUCAGGGAGUCAAUGUUUCAUUGAAUGACUUUAUGAAGUUAGCACCUCCUAUCUUUACUGGAAUGGAUAGCACAGAGGAUCCUCAAAGGUUUCUGGAUGAUAUAUGGCGACGGUGUGAAGCUUUGGGGUGUACAGAUCAUCGAGCUGUGAGUCUUGCAUCAUUCAGGUUAGAGGGAGAUAUGGCCAUUUCUUGGUUUGAAUCUAGAAAGAGAGAGAGGUCAACGGAGGCUCAGUGGACAUGGAAGGAGUUUAGCACUAUGUUCUUAGAUAGAUUUCUUCCUCAGAGUGUUAGGGAUGCUCGACUCUAUGAGUUUGAGAGGCUAUCUCAAGGGAGCAUGACAGUGGAUGAGUAUGAUUUAAAGUUUACUCAGUUAUCAAGGUAUGCUGAACAUUUUCUACCUACUGAGGAGUGGAGGGUGAAGAGGUUCAUUCGAGGACUCAAAUCCUCAAUGUAUAUAGUGAUGGUGUCUCAGGUGUUUCCUUCUUACUCCUCAGCUGUUGAUAAGGCCAGGUUGAUUGAGGCACGAGAAUUAGAAGACAUGGUUGCAGGUCAAUCCAAGAGGUCUAGGGAAGAAGGUCAUGCUUUUAGACAGCCGGGACCGAAUACAAGUCUUUCUAGGGAACGGAGUGGUCAUCAGGACUCAUGGAUUCCGAGGAGGUUUAGACGGAUAUCUUCAGCCAGUGGCUUAAGCAGUCAAAGUGGUGGUAGAGGUGCUCAGUAGUCAAUGUUCAGAUCAGACUACACCUUAUAGCUUUUUUGUUUCAUCUGGAAUGGUUUUUCAUGUCAGCAUUGUGGAGAAAGCCAUACUGGUGUAGAGUGCUAAAGAAGGACUAGGGCUUGUUUCGGUUAUGAUUAUAUAGGUUAUAAGAUUCGGGAGUGUACCAAGAGACAUCCAUCAGCUUUAGGAGCAUUUGCUUCAAUUCAACCUUUUAUUCAAGUACUAUAAAUGGGACAAUUUGUGGCUCAUGGUGGAAGAGGUUUUGGUGGUCGAGAUUAAAGAGAUUGGGGUGCAAGUGAUAGAAGCUAAACAUAAUAAGGUUUGGAAUAUGUCAAAAUAUUUUCCUUGACUCAAUAUGAUGCUCAGGUAUCUUUGUGUUUGCUAUUUUAAAGUAAAAGUUUUAUUUGGCAUGGGUGCAACUCAUUCGUUUAUGUUCUUGUAUUUUUCCAUGAUAUUAAAUAGGCAACCAAUUCUAUUA